AUGAAGGCCUUCACUGUCAUUGCUGUCAUCUCUACACUUGGCGUCGCCGCCGCCAUACCGGUUGCUAACGCCAUGCCGAACAGCGCCUUGAAGGAGCGCUCUCCCGACCCACUCGUCUUUGCGGCUGAGGAAGCAUUUGACAAGGACAAGCGUGGCGAAGCUGGGGUCGCUGAAACCGCCACUUAUUGGUGCUACCCUGGCUUAGGAUGCCGCAAGGCCGAUUAG